CAUGCACACAGUUUUGGAGUAACUCAAAAUAUUUUCGCUAUCGUUUUUUUUUAAUAAUUUCGUGUGUGAAACGGUGAUAUUAUUGAUUUUUGUUGCAUUUUAUGCAUCGUCCAGCUGGAGCUCAUCGAAAACCGCCAAAGGACUGCACGGCUUGCGCACAGGGAGGCAGUGAAAAAGUUUUGUUUACCUUUUUUCGAUAUCCCAGAGUUCUGCGAUUUCGGUGCCACUGUGUGCGUGUGCGAGCGCCCUGCUACCUGUGUGUGUGUGCGUGCGAGCUGGUGUGCAAAAAUGAAAAUGCAUUCUCAAUAAAGCAAAAUAAAUGUGCCAACCGCUAAGAGAGUAGUGCAUUCUAAAAUUGGUUGUUAAAGCUGCGCACAUGGAAAAUGUGCCCGAUAUUUCCACCAGCGCUUCGUCCUCUUCUACUUCUACUUCUAAUUCAACUUCCACACUGAAACUCCAAAGCCAAAUCAACUCUAAAAAUGUCCUGAUCCGAUCGCAGAGCAGUGGCAAGCUAAGCAGCAAUGAAGCAAAAUCAGCAAAGCAAACAGCAACAACCAGUACAACGACGACUCUGCGAGCGGCCAAGCUCAAGAUCGGGGCCAUGCAACAGCAGAAGCAGCAACAUCAGCAGCAGCAUCAGCAGAACCUGCAGCAGCAUCAGGCGACGAGCGGCGGCAACAUCAUCCUGCUGCGCGGCACUCGCAACGAAAAUGGCCAGAUCAUCAUCCAAAACAAGCAGGACAUACUCAGCCUGCUCAGCGAGCAACAGCAGCAGCAGGAGAAGAGCCACUCCUCCGCGGCCAUCACGCUCAACCAACUGCCCACGGCCACAACGGUGGCUAGGAAGACCAUUGUACAGGGCUCGAGUGGAGCCAGCAGCAACAGCUCCACCAUUUCCAUUGUGGCCAACAGCAGCAACAAGGAGGCCAGCAGCAACACGAUCCUCUUGCAAACCCCCAUCAAUGCCAGUCAGUUGGAGAGUGUUCUAAAGGCCCAGGAGCGUUCCAAGCAGGUCAACGCCACGCAAACCAAGAUGGUGGAGAGGCCCUUUAUGCUGAAGCAUGCCACACGCAGCUUGAGUUCCGAGAGCAACUGCGACAGCAAGUCCCCCUUUGUGCUGCAAACACUGAAGCGUCUGGAGAAGUCUCAAUCCAUACUGGUCAUACGCAACUCCACAGCGUCGUCCUCUGCAACCAACACUUCCAUGGCCACUUCGCCACAAAAUGGCAACAGUCUUGCCAACUCAAGCAUUCUAAGCGUGACGCGCACCACGAAGGCGGCCAAGGGCGUGGCAGGAGCGCUCCACAAGCUCAAGGCAGCAGCAGCCACAACAGCCAAGAGCGGAGGUGCCGCUUCAGCCGCAGCAACAUCAUCGACAGGCACCACCAUUCUUAGGCUGGGAAAAAGCGCCACCACAGUGGCUAUUAAUGGAGGCAGCAAGCUAGAGGCAACGACGAGCACAACCACAGCGGUGUCAGCACCGUCGACAACGACAACAUCAAAUAAAUUGUCCAACGCGGUGACAACCGAGCAGCAGCAGCAACAAUCGACCACAACGCAAACGAAUGUGCCACUUGGGAACGAUGGCGAACCCAUCAAGCUGCCCGACAAUUUGGAGAGCCUGCCAAGAGCCGACAGUUUUCCAUCACAGCGUCAUCGUUGGAAUACAAAUGAGGAAAUCGCUGCGAUUCUUAUCAGCUUUGAUAAACAUGGCGAGUGGCAGUCCAAAGAGGUUCGAACCAGACCCAAGAGCGGAUCGCUCUUGCUCUACUCAAGGAAGAAGGUGCGUUACCGACGCGAUGGAUACUGCUGGAAGAAACGCAAGGACGGCAAGACGACGCGCGAGGAUCACAUGAAACUGAAAGUACAAGGCACUGAGUGCAUCUAUGGUUGUUAUGUACACUCGGCCAUAUUGCCCACAUUUCAUCGCAGAUGUUACUGGCUGUUGCAGAAUCCGGACAUUGUUUUGGUGCACUACCUGAACGUCCCAUAUCCGGAUGAUAAUAAAAUGGCCGUGAUUGCACCCAGUAUCACACUUUGGGGCGAUAAAAAGGAGUGGACCAAGGAGGAGCUGGUCAGUCAGCUCAAGCCCAUGCUAUCCACAAUUAAUUCCGACGACGACUCCGACUCGGGAAACGAUAUAGAAAUAUCAACGGCGGAGACGGUGGAGUCCAUAGUGUGCCAACUGAUGGAGAAGCAGAGGUUGUCGCGCCAGGCUGCCUUGGUCAAGCAGCUGGACUGCGGGUGCGGGGAUGGAGGCUGUGUGGACGGAAAGAACUGUACGCAUCCCGUGAUGCGGCGAUCGGCAGCCAUGCUGAAGUCCUCGGUGCAGGAGAAACGGCUAGGCGAGCCUUUCAACAGCAACGCGCCCAAUGUGGUGGUGGCCAGCAAGCUCUACUCCCGAUGGGCGGAGCGGCCCAGGCAGCACGUGGACAAUCACGGCCAGUUCCACAACGUCACACAGCAGUUGCCGCAGGAAUCGGCCAUUAAGUUUCAGAUCAUUCCGCCGCAGCAACAGCAGCAGCAGGAUGGGAACUACCUGCAGCAGCAGCAGUAUCGCGGAGCAAGUCAAAUGCUCGCCGCAAGGAGUAAUCUGGUGAUGCAGCAACAGCAACAGCAACAGCAGCAGCAGCAACACCAGCAGCAGCAGCAGCAGCAGCAGCAGCAGCAAUACCACCAGCAACAACAGCAGCAGCACCAACAACAGCAGCAACAGCAGCAGCACUUGAGUCUACAGCGAUUUGUUGCCAGUCAAGGCCAGAAUUCGGUGCAUCUCAAUCAGCAGCACAGGCUGCAAAUAGCCAAUACAACGAUCACAGCGACACCCAGAGAUCCUGCGACGACUCCAGCAGCGCCAGCUUCAGGAGCAGCAGCAGUCGCCUCGAAUAUUAUGGACACCGAGCUAAUUGAAAACCAAAACCACAUGACCGCAAACAAAAUCACAAACUCCGGCAGCGGCAAUAGCAGUAGCAGCAAUGCCAGCAAGCAAUUAGCAGCCCAAACAAACAACGAAUUAAAUGUCGUAAAUAAUAACGACCCCGGCAACAAUAACUUUAUGUACAAUCAACAGCAGCAACUUAAUGCUUCCAGCAACAACAGCAGCCAGCAGCAGCAGCAGCAACAUUAUUAUAAAUUGCAACAGACAACAGCAACCCCAACUAGUGGUCAGCCGCCUCCUCUGGCGCAAGUUCAACCCCACUCCUUGGCCCAACCUCCCGUGGAAGCCAUGUGCAUGUCACCCGAGCAUCGCAGCAGCAGCCAGGCCACACCUGCAACGUCUUCCGCUGGUAGCAUCCCCUCCUCCGUAUCCAUAUCCGUGUCCGCAUCCACAUCCACAUCCACAUCCACAUCCACACCCACUCCCACGACCAUAUCCACGCCCACAUCGGGCACUUCGUCCACUUCGAGUUCCUUACAAUCGAUUAUCGAUGGCAAUCAGCAGCAACAAAUUACAACGACGUCGACGGCAGGAACUUGUGAUAAUUUAAUGAGCGCCAAUGCGCUCUCUGAGCAGCAGGACAGCCACACAGUCAACAAUCAGGCCACAGAAGCCCCCAACAGGAGUCAGCUGCAAUCGCAAUCGCAGUCGCUAUCUCAAUCCCUGAACCAAAAUGGUUGUGCAACUUACAGUGCUUCCAGUGAUAACAGCAGCCAAAUUAGUGACGAAAGCAGCAGCUUCGGCGGUAACAAUCAAAACAGCAGCAACAGCAGCAGCAGCGAGGAGGAGCCCCAGGUGGAAACGUUGAGCUUUUUCAACGAGACCUUGGAUCUGUCCCACGAGGAUAUCCAGCGCACUCUGAUAGCGAAUAUGCCGUACAAUACGACAGCAGCAAGAGCCACAGCACCCAGUACAACGAUAACAACGGGAAACAAAGCAGGCAAACUCGAGUUAAAUCAACAGGAGCCGGAGAAGAAACCCUCGAUGAGAACAGAACCCGCAACCGAGGUGGAGGACGAUGAGACCGACGAUGUGUUUGCCAAUCUGGAUGCCUUCGAUAUGCUCGUGGAGUUUCCCGAACUCGAUUUGGAUGACAAGCAGGCCCUGAAUAACACGGCGUUGGAGCAGGGCUCCUUUUUGGGAGAGACUGCACCAUCGCAGCCACGCAAGGUACACAAUAUAUGCGACUUUAGUCCCGAAUGGUCGUACACGGAGGGAGGCGUUAAGGUUUUGGUGGCCGGCCCUUGGACGAGCUCGAAUGGCGGAGCCUAUACGGUGCUAUUUGAUGCGCAGCCCGUACCCACGCAACUGGUCCAGGAAGGAGUUCUCCGCUGCUAUUGUCCAGCCCACGAGGCCGGAUUUGUGACUCUGCAGGUGGCUUGUGGUGGAUUCCUUGUUUCCAACUCCGUGAUGUUCGAGUACAAGCUUUCCCUGCUGGCGGAUGCUCCAUUCGAUGCCACCAGCUCCAACGAUUGCCUGUACAAGUUUACGCUGCUUAACCGCCUGUCUACCAUUGACGAGAAACUGCAGGUGAAGACGGAGCUUGAGCUCACGACCGACAACACUGCUCUCUGCUUGGAGCCAAACUUCGAAGAGAAGCUGGUGGCAUAUUGCCACAAGCUGAUCAAGCACGCCUGGAGCAUGCCCAGCACAGCCGCCUCCUGGACGGUGGGAUUACGUGGCAUGACUCUGCUCCACUUGGCCGCUGCCUUGGGCUAUGCCAAGCUCGUGGGCGCCAUGCUCAAUUGGCGUUCGGAAAACCCACAUAUCAUUCUCGAAACCGAACUAGACGCCCUCAGCCAGGAUGUCUACGGUUUUACUCCGCUCGCCUGGGCCUGUGUGCGUGGCCAUGUAGAGUGCUCGCUCUUACUCUACAAAUGGAACCACAAUGCGCUGAAGAUCAAAACACAGGCACAGCAAACUCCUCUGGAUUUGGCCAGCAUGCGGGGCCACAAAACCUUACUGGCGCAGAUGUAUCGCUUGGAGAAGGAGCGCUGCCGCAAGCCGCAACUGCGCGGAGGCUUGGCCAAUCUUUCCAUGAACAUGGGCGUGGAAGCGGAGGCGGACGAACAGCACCAGAGUUUCAGCGCUUUUGAUUUGGAACUCCAGCGGAAGCAUGAUGGCGUUUUCCUGAGACCUGUGGCAGUGCAUAGCAAUCAGAGUCCACCCAAUAGUAGCAGUCGUUACUCCAAACGUUCCUCUAUAGAUAGUGGCAUUAACAUGGACAUACGUAGCAAGUCUGGAAAAGCGCUCGCCAGGCUCCAUAGCAACUUUGAGAGCCAUGACAGCUAUGCUCUGGGCGUUGACUCGCCGUUGGACUCACUGACUGGAACCAACUGUCUGCUAUCGCCGCUGCGCAAAAUGGACUUUGCCCUUUGCGAGGUAUCUACGGGCGAAUCGAGUCCCGUGCACGACAAAGAUUGCGACGACAAUUCAACGAGCGCGACCGACGUGACCAUUGGCAAUGAUUUGGCCCUGCCCGAUGCCGUUGUAGGGGACUCCGAUGCCAAAGUUCUAACAUUAGCUGAACACAUUAUAGCAGCUAUGCCAGAACGGAUCAAGAACGAAGCCGAUGAAAUGAUGGUGCUGGGCAGUCCCUUGACAGAACCCCUCACUUCAGAAUCUUCUGCGCUGACGGACAGCUUUAUGGAUCCCCUGCUCGAUUCGCUGCCCAACACACAUUUCGACAGCGACUUCAGCUUCGAUUUCCAUGACCAUAGCUACCGCUAUCACGACGUCAGCACGCCCUGCUCCAGUUUAAGUCCCGCCAGCUCGGGACCGCUGCAGUCCCCGGCCAGUUACUCUAUUUUGGGAACCGAUCCCUCAGUCAGUUCGCCCAGUCCCCCGCCAUCCACCAAACAGCUGACGGAGUUUCUGCACGCCUCCAGUAUCUCGUCGUAUCCUUUUGAGACGGAUUUCUCCAAGCUAACCCUAACAGACACGGAGCAGCGAGAGCUCUACGAGGCAGCCAAGUGCAUUCAGAAGGCGUAUCGCUCGUACAAGGGUCGACAGAAGCUCGAGGAGCAGAACAAGGAACGGAGCGCUGCCACAGUAAUCCAGAACUACUACAGGCGGUACAAGCAGUACGCCUACUACAGGCAGAUGACAAACGCCGCCCUGGUGAUUCAACAUGGCUACCGCUCCUACAGACGCAACAAGCGAUUCAAGAAGAGCGGCUUGUGCUUGAGCAGCUCCAGUGAUCAUGGAAGUGUGAGCAGCAACUCCCAGUGCCUGUCCAGCUUUUAUGAUCACUACAAACAGGAUCAGCAGCAGCUUCACGAGAUGGGCUCCCAGCCCAGCACGCCUAAGGAAACCAGCCCCUCGGGUCCCUUGAAGCGAACAUACUCGCAGUCUACUCAAAAUCAAGCUGCCAGGAAAAUUCAACAGUUUAUGAGACAAUCACGCAUCAACAUUUGGGAUGGCAAUUUGGAGACUGUGACUACAGAAAGAGCGAGCCGAAAAAGAGAAGCUUGUGCACCAACGCAGGGCGGAAUACCUUCAAAACUUGCAGUUUCAAGGGCAGCAGGAAAUGUUGGUGUGCCACGAAAAUAGCAUUUCUGCGCCAAGCAGUGGCAACACCAAUGCGAGCAACAGCAACAAUCUACACCAAAUACAAUCCAAUCAGUGAGGGUCAACUGAGUGAAUUUUUAACAUAGGAACAAGCUGCACGGUUCCAUAAGAAUUUAUGAAUAGCUUUAACAACCGAGUGAAACUUUCUACUUUCGUAUUUGCUCCAAUUAGGAAAAAUAAUCCCAAGCACUUCUGUAGUGAAACUUUGUUUCAAACUCUCUUUUACACAGACUACAAAAGAUCUAAAUUAGUAGCAAAUACCUGCACUUUAAUUAUUUUUCCUAACGAAUUUUAAGAAUCACACAUUGUUUUCGACGUGAAUGUAGCUUAGGCAGAGGUCUUUUAAGGUAUUACUUAAACCUAAACUUAACUGAAGAUCGGACUCCAGGGAGAAGAUGAUAACACAAUUUUUCCAUUUGUCAACUCGAAAGAACUUAUUACUGAAGCCUUUAACAACUUUUUAACUCCAAUUGUAGUAAAAAAAAAAGUAGCCUGCUAUAUACAUACAUAUUAUAUACAUACAAUUUAAACCAACAUUACGCAUGUGUAUGCAUCUAUAUAGUUACAUUUGUAUAUAGAUAAUGCCUAACUAACUAAAUUCUAGUCUAUUUUAACGUACUACCAAGCUCUGCGAUGCGACUAAGCUUGUCUUUAAAGCAAAAUACAUAAAGAACGAAAACCUUAAACAUUAAUCCUCGAUACUAACUAGAUGCUAACUGCUCCUUAAGUUUAAUAAUAAGACUCCACUGAAAGUCCAAAGUUGUUGUUGAUUUCUAAAAUCAAAUUCGUGUGGACAGCGCAGCAGAUACCGAUUUAUCAUAUUUCAAAGAAAGUAAACCCUAUUCUAAUUUCUAAUACCAAAGUACUUAAUUCGAUAAUGUGUACUGUCUUAACUUAUCUGACUAUACAGACUAAGCAUAGCUAAUAAUAGUUUAAAUCACAAGAAUGGUUAAAGUGCUGCGUGGGCACACAUCCAAAUCAAAGUGAAGUCAGCCAGAAAACUGAUGAAAAGUAUUGAUACAUGGAAUUUCCGACUUUUGCUGCUGCAAACCCAUUAACCGAUUGAUCGCGCCAGUCAAUCUUAACUGCUUGAAGACACAGCCAAAACACAAAAAAGCAAGAAGCAAGAGAGAAAAGUUUUUAAACUAAAUGUAACAAUAAAUGAAUUUUUGUAAAUUAUUUUUGUCCGUCCACAUUGUUAGCUUUCAUAACAUACCAACAAGAACAUAUAUACUUACAAAUAUACAUCAUAUAUAAUAUAGAAAGAGCCGAUACUGAUUCGAAAACUUAAGAAACCAUUUUUAAAGGAUCGUUCUAGUUCAAGUUAAUAAACACUGGCAAAUGAUGGGCAAUAGGUGUAAAUAAACCAGCUCCUAAACUAAGUCCUGUACGUAGGAACGGACACACUUACCUCUAGCAGUCCCGAACAACAUGAAAUAAAAACCAAGAAAUCAAACUCACAAAAACCCAAGUGCAAAUAAGGCAACUUUAAGUGCGAGAGUGUAAAAUCUGCGUAUUGCGAUGUGCAAGUGGGCUGUAAGUUAACUUUUACUCGACGAAUGUUUGUCACAACCAAAUGCGCAGCUGUUGAGUAUGGGUGGGAUUUAGAUCUAUCACAUUGUUAACUAUUAAACUACGAACUAUUAUACUUAAUUCGCACUAUUAUUACUCUACGAAUACGAAACUUUAAUUGCAUUUUGCUCUAACUAAACUAUGUUUAAAUCUGAUCAACUGAUUCGAAAUGAAGACUAAAUACGAUUUCACUACUCAACUGACUUAAGAAUUGCAAUCAAUUUUGUUAACUGUUUAGGCAGGGUGUUAGACUGCAUGUCUAAGCUGAAUACUAAAUCCAAUUAAUUGCAAUAUUUGCACAUACUACACAAGAUACACACAAGACACGCUCUGGCUCACAAAAAGAACACACACAGACACACAAUUUACAAACCUCAAAGUAGCAACCUGAGUGUGUUUUAAUGGAAUGAAGUCUUUUUAGAUAGAGGGAGGCCAAAAGGCAAAGAAAACUUAAGUACCUUAAGCCAAUUGGCACUAAAACUAAUCUUAAAUCUAACAAACAAUUAUAAAUACUUACAACAGACUAUGUAUCUAUAUCGAAGUGGGUGUCUGCGAACGUAGGGCAUUUCCCCCAUUCUAGUUUUGUUUGUACUUUUUUCCUUCAACUGAACUAAAUCUAAUGCGACACCAAAAUUGUUGAUAUCUAACGAAACUAUACAAUAGGAAAACUAUUAUAACUAAUGUAAUUGGAUAUUCGGUACUCACAUAUCUGUUAGAUAAUUUAUACCUUCGUCCUAAUAGAACUUUUAAGUGCGGCGCAUGUACGGAACAAGCAUUCUUCUUCAACUUCAACUAAAUAACUAACCUACCAUCCAACUUUGUCCCGAAAAAAAAUCGAAAUUCAGCUACUCAAACUGUUUGUUUCUGACUUUCAGCUUAGUAGACCAGCAAAUAGGAACGGAUAUGAAACUGUUAACUAAACUUUUAAGCGAAAUAUACCUAGAGAGUAAUCUUUUUAAAUAUUAUACCUUACUUGUAUGGGAUACUUAGCAUGAACUAUACACAUAUAUCGGAAAACUAAAGAAUGUUU